AUGCAGCAGGGUGUGCACUCAUCGACCUCUCCGGCCUCUCUGUCCACUAUUGGAGGGUCCCCCGAGGCCCCACACGACCCUCAGACGCUCGCACAAAACGAACACUCCACGAAAAAGACAGAGCUCUCGAUCGGAAUGCCAGAAUCCCUUCAUUCUGCUCCACAUUCCGCUCAUUCUUUCGCUUCAGAGCAAUUCAUUCAAACACCACAGAAAAAGGAGAAUUUGAAGCAACAAAAACGGGAGUACAAGGAUGAGAAGAAACGGGUGGCCCAGGAGCUCAUGGGAGCACUCCGAGACCCAACUGUUGUGGUCAUGGCGGAUUGGCUCAAGUUGAGAGGAUCUCUUCGAAAAUGGAAUCGGCAUUUCUGCGUGUUAAAACCAGGACUAAUGCUUGUCUAUAAAAACAAUAAAACUCAUAAGCACGGUUAUUGGGUGGGCACUGUUCUGUUGAACUCGUGCGAAUUGAUAGAAAGACCAUCGAAAAAAGACGGAUUUUGCUUCAAACUCUAUCACCCACUCGAUCAAUCGAUCUGGGCUACUCGAGGUCCAUUGGGUGAAUCACACGGCGCAGUGACAAUCAAUCCCCUUCCCACAACUCAUUUGAUUUGUCGAGCUCCCAGUGAUCAGGCUGGUCGAACAUGGAUGGAUGCGCUAGAGCUCUCAUUGAGAUGUUCGGGACUAUUGAUGAGAACGAUGCACAAUUUGGAUGGGAAAAAAGAGCUCGAGCUAAAAGAUCAACCAAAAGACUCGGAUUCGGUGGAUGGAGAAGAGGAAAAUAUUAGUGAAACCGAGGCUGAGAAGCAUUUUGUCGAGAUUGACGAAAAUGAGGAACCGGGUGGAAGUGACGGAUCGGAGAAUGGAGAUCAGCCAUCAAAAGAAAGUCAUUGGAUUCAAUCGGAUAAAGAACAGUUCGGCCAAUUGGGCGAAGGAGCCCAAACAGAGGGGCUCGCUGAGGAGAAUAAAAGUCUUGUGUGGACGCUACUAAAACAGGUCCGGCCAGGAAUGGAUCUCUCCAAAGUUGUCCUCCCAACUUUCAUCCUCGAGCCAAGGAGUUUUCUCGAAAAGCUAGCCGACUACUAUUACCACGCGGAUUUGUUAACGGAAGCCGCCAACGAAGAGGAUCCACUUCAAAGAAUGAUAGCUAUCACCAAAUUUUAUCUCUCUGGAUUUUACAAGAAACCAAAGGGUUUGAAGAAACCCUACAAUCCCAUUCUUGGAGAGACUUUCCGGUGUUGUUGGCAUCACGCCGAUGAAUCGGUCACCUAUUACAUUGCUGAGCAGGUCUCUCACCACCCGCCAAUCUCUUCACUUUUCAUCACAAACAAGAAAGCCGGCUUCAAUGUGUCGGGGACGAUUUUGGCGAAGAGUAAAUAUUAUGGAAACAGUCUAUCGGCUAUGAUGCUUGGAAGUUUACGGGUAACAUUGUUGAAACGGGGCGAGACAUACACGGUCACUCUUCCAUAUGCGAAUUGUAAGGGAAUCAUGAUUGGCACGCUGACAAUGGAGUUGGGAGGACAGGUAACGAUCGAAUGUGAUCGCACAGCCUACUCGACUUUGCUUGACUUUCAGCUAAAACCUCUCUUCGGUGGCUCGAUGAACAAGAUCAAAGGCGAGAUCAAAUACGGAAGUCAAACAAUCAGUGAACUUGAGGGACAUUGGGAUGGAACGAUUAAGAUCAAGAACAGCGACAAGGGUACUAAAGAAGUUCUCUGGCAGCCGACAGCUGAAAUUAUUGGCAAAAGAUUGCAUCGAUACGAGAUUCCGUAUGAAGAACAAGGACCUUGGGAGUCCAAAAAACUCUGGAACAAAGUGACAGCAGCUAUUGCAAACGAGGAUCAGUACGAGGCCACGAAUGAGAAGACAGUCCUGGAAGAGGAGCAACGGCGUCGAGCCAAGUCCGGAGUACCGCAUAAGACAAAGUUUUUCAAGAAAAAUCCUCAUCAAGAUGUUUACGACUAUAUUUAUGCUGACUAUAUACCCUGGGACUCCCACAAUGACAUCAAGCAAAUUGAGAACGACUACGAGAUUCGGACAGUCUCCAAAGUGAAACCGAAAACAAUACGGAAUAAGAUUAGUAGUGUCUCUUCAUCGGGAAAACAGAAAUUGUCUCAAGACGGUCAAACCGAGGAUUCGUCGGAGAGCAGUGAUGAACAAACGAGAAACAAGAAACAGAAAAGUACACAUUUGAGAAUAGAUUCCGAGACUGCGCAGAGGUUACAGGAAACUCUCGAAAAGAACGAAGUAGCCUUGCAUCGAAUGGCUAACAGAUUGGAUCGUCUAUUCGAGGAUCGUUUUCGUCCCUCUCAACUUCUUCUUUACGCCGCUCUUUUCUCCAUAAUGCAAGCCCUUCUCUUCAAUAUGUUUUUGAGUAGAAAA